AUGGCACCCGUAAAGACGACUCCACACAAAUCCGGUGGUCACCAGCGCUAUGCACCCGAGAAGGCGAAGGAUCCCGCACGCUUUCAAUCCGAACUCGAGGGCGGAGACGACGAUGCAAAUGCAGGCGCACUGCAGCCGGUAAAGGAACCACAAGAAGACGACUUUGAAGGGUUCGGCACGGAGGAAGAAACUAGGGGAGAUGGAGCACAGGACGAAGACAGCGAUGCUGAGAGCAUAGACAUCCAGACGGAGCCUAAGCAGGAAAAGCCCGUCCUGCCGAAGGAUGCUGAGGAAGAGGAGCUUGAGCGCAUGAUUUUCGGCGACGCAGAAGGCUUCCGUCAAGGUCUGGAGAACUUUUCGCUCGAUCCCACCGCCGGCGCAUACGGCGAUUCAUCAGACGAGUCUGGAGCGGAAGACGCCGACCUCGAUAAUGUGGACGACCAAGAUUUAUUCUUCUUUGAUGCCGGUCCAGUCCCUGCACCCGCAGGCGCCGUUGCUGCAAAGGCGGCAGAAUCAGACGAGGAGGAUGGCAAACCCGCCUGGGAAGACAGCGACGACGAAAGAUUGGUUGUCAGUCUGGCGUCGGUGCCGCAACUGAGAAAGUUGCGAGAAACGGCAGAUGACGACAUGGUCAACGGCAAGGAGUAUUCGCGGCGGUUACGGAAGCAAUACGAGAGGCUAUACCCUACGCCAGACUGGGCGACACAUGCGACCGGCAAAGCUAACAAGAAGCGGCGACGGACCAUGGAUGACGACCAGAGUGGUGACGAGUCUGCGAGCGACAUGGACGUGGAUGAAGACGAUCUCUCUACGCAGCCACUGGCUCUACUGCUCAAGGAUGCGGAUAUUCUAUCGCGGACUUCGAGAAGCAUGGCGAAGCGGAGGAAGUUGCAAGCAGGCACCAUCGACAUUCAGCGGCUGAAAGACGUCGCAAAGGCUGGGCCGUCUGCCAUCACCUCCCUCUCCUUCCAUCCUGCGUAUCCACUACUCCUCUCCUCCGGUCCUAGCUCGACGCUCUACCUUCACCACGUCAACCCUAGCCCGCCUAACCCGAACCCUCUUCUUACAUCCCUGCACAUCAAGCGCACCCCACUGGUAACAACAGCAUUUCAUCCCUCCCCCUCGGACUCGCGCAUCUUCCUCAGCGCGCGACGCCGCUACUUCCAUGUCUGGAAUAUCGCAACAGGCAGAGUUGAGAAGGUGUCGCGUGUCUACGGUCAUCAGCACGAACAACGGACAAUGGAGUUUUUCUCGCUGUCACCAAAUGGAAAAUACAUGGCUCUCCGGGGCUCCUCGAGAAAGGGUGGUGGUGUUGUCAACAUCCUCGACGCAAGAACUCUUCAAUGGGCGACACAGGUGCGGAUUGAGUCAAGAGGCGGUAUUGCAGACUUCGCGUGGUGGGGCGAUGGCAAUGGUAUGAGCAUUGCGGGAAAGAACGGAGAGGUGACUGAGUGGAGUGUCGAGGAGGGUGUCAUUGGACGAUGGAACGACGAGGGCGCCGUUGGCACUACAACCAUUGCACUUGGUGGUAAGAGCGGACGUGAAAGCUGGUUGGGCGGUGAUCGAUGGGUGGCCAUUGGAAGCUCAAGUGGUGUGGUCAAUGUCUACGAUCGGCGAGCAUGGAGCGAGAACGACCCGUCAAUCAACGGCGCGAAAAGUGAUUUAAACGGUGGUAUCCCUAGGGCACCGAAACCGCUACGCGACCUGCAGAAUCUGACGACGCCGAUUUCACAUCUCGCUUUCACAGCGGACGGCCAAGUCCUUGCCAUGGCGAGUCGCUGGAAGAACAACGCGAUGAGGCUGGUGCACCUCCCAUCAGCUACCGUUUUCAAGAACUGGCCCACAGAAAAGACACCGCUUGGAAGAAUCACAGCAGUGGCGUGGGGAAGGCCGACCGAAGAGGAGGAGAAAGAAGGAAGCCUUGCGCAGUUGGCAGUUGCCAAUGAAGCUGGACAUAUCAGGAUGUGGGAGAUAAGAGCAUAG